AUGUCUGUACCGAAGUCCAUCGUCUCCGAUGUGGUUUACUGCGACACCAGCGACCACCAGUGGGUGCAAGAACCCAGUCCCAAUAUCCCACAGACUGUUAUGGAAUCGGAUCUCUACGAGUUGUCUCCCCAGAAUCCACCUACAAACGGGUCUCCGCCUGCUUACCAUCCUCCUAAUGGUUUACCUACUAAUGGAACAAAUGGUGUUAAUGGUAUUAACUAUAUGCCUAGCAACACAGCUGGAUCAUAUGACAGAAACGCAACACAACAAAACGCAAACGCUGGUCUACCUAACGGACUACUUAACGGGAUGAGGGCACUCAACAUUCCAAAUCAUAAUGUGAGCAAUGUGAUGAUACGAUCAAACGGGAUGAAUAUGAUCACCAAUGCAAAUGGUUAUAUCAAUGCCGCCAACCCACGGUAUCUAUCCAGGCCCACGUCAUGGGUUACACCAACUAAAUCUAUCAACGGAGUUAAGAAACAGAAACGAAACCGCACCGCCUUCACCAGCCAGCAAAUGAUGGAAUUGGAGCAAGAAUACGCAAGAACUCGUUAUUUGGACCGCACGCGACGAAUUGAACUUUCAGAAAUUCUUCACUUAAAUGAAAGAACAAUCAAAAUAUGGUUUCAAAAUCGAAGAAUGAAGGAAAAGAAAGACAGGGCUGAAAGCCUUGAGGACUCGGAGGAAGUGAGCACAACGGAAUCUUCUCCAGAAUUGGGAAUGUCUGGGAGCGUGCCCAUGCCAUUGCUCAUACACGAGCAAUAUCCAGCCACUGUCACAAACGACGUCUACGGUCGAGGAACGUACGUUGAUUAUCAGCCAUCUCCUUCGCCAAUGGUUCCAGCACAGCUGGUUCCUAAUGUAAAUGACUAUUCGGAGUAUAUUUCAGCCGAAGCGUAUGAUGCGCAGUGCAGACAGCAGCUACAGCUUCAAGUACAGCAUCAAGUUCAACCAUCAGCGUAUCCAAUGUACAAUGAACUGGAGGCGGUACACACAGAGCCGUCAACUUCUCAGCCUGAUAGUUGUCCCCCAGCUCCCACUUCGGCACCAGAACAAAACUGGGAUCUCUCGUGGAUUCGAAGUAUGCAAAUUGAUGAAGAGUUUUGA